GGGUGGAGCAGGCCCCGGAUGCACUUCCCUCGCAGGGUUGUCGGCGCAGCCGCAGUGCUCCGGUGGGUGCCCUUAACCUUGCGCGGUUUGCGGCGCGGCCCGAGGAUCCGGCGCACGGUGUGCGCGCGAGAGAGAAAAAGAGGAGCAGCAGAAGGCGACGCUCGCGGGGGAGCUGCGCCCGCCCGCCUCCCGCGUGGAAGCAUGUCUCUGGUGGCGGAAGCUUUCGUUACGCAGAUAGCAGGUGAGGAGGGGAAGAAGCGGCCGUAGCGGGGGCCGGAGUGGGGCAGCAGGGGCCGUGGAGCAGCGCCCGGGCAAAAUUGAUUUUGAGCGAGGAUAGAGGUGCGUUGCGCGCGUCCUUCCAAAAAGGCGCCUUGACCUGGUGGGAGCGGCUGGGCUGUGAAAGGCAAAGUGGAUCCUCUGUUUUUCUCGGGGUCUUGCUUCCUCCCACCUGGUCGGGCUACUUUGAGGGAUAUUGCUUGAAAGCCUGCCUGCCUCUCUAAAAAACCCAAACUGCAGGGACUCCAUAGCAGAUCUUAUAGGCCUUAAGAACUGUUUUGAGUUCUCAUCGUUUGGUUGCCAUAGUAUCAGCAGGAGCCUCUGCUUUGGCUACUUUGUGGAUGUUCCCUGGAGUGAAGUCAUAUCUGGAGUCCCAAUUUGUGGCUAGGGUCUCCUGUGACAGUGCUGGAUUUACAUACAGUAUAAGCAAAACAAGCUAUAGCUUAGGGCCCCACUCUCUUGGGGGCCCAAAUUUUUUUUAAGGAAAAACAACAACAACUGGAUGUACAUUUCCAAAGUAUAAUUAAAAACAAAAUAAAACCUACAUACAGCAACAGUGUUGUGUAGGCUCCUGUGAUGUAAGUAAUGGGCCCCAUCCGCUAGCCUGCUUCCUAAAAUAUCACUGGUUUGCUCAUUUCUAUAUACAGGGUGCCUACAUUCUGCAUGGACUGGUUGCAUUGGCAACAUGUGCAAAUGACUUUAGAUACCUGUUAGGUCCAUAAAUUACCAUAUAGCAUAUAUUCAACACAGAAAACAGUGACAAUUUGUUGUUGACGAAGGACAGCUGGACAUAUAAAGGGCCCCAUUACCUUCAGUAGCUUAGGGCCUCAUCGAACCUAAAUCCGGCCCUGCCUGUGGCUUCUGGGACUAGGAGUGCUAAGGCCCCGUUUAGGCUGAUUUGCCAGGUGUGGGAUAGCCUGGCCACAGUGACCUCACGUCUGGACUACAUAGUGUGCUGUAUGUGGGACUGCCCUUGAGGACAAUCUGGAGGCUGCGGCUAGUGUGGAAUGUGACUGCUAGGCUGGUGAGCUCUGGCACCCCAGUAGGGCCAUGUGUUACCAGUCCUGAAAGCCCUGCACUUUUUGCCAGUGAGCUAAUGGGCCCAAUUCAGUACUGGAAUACAAAGCCCUAAAUGACUUAGGGCCCAAGUACAGUGGUGCCUCGCAAGACGAAAUUAAUUCGUUCCGCGAGUUUUGUCGUCUUGCGAUUUUUUUCGUCUUGCGAAGCACGGUGUCAGGAAAGUUUUGGAAAAGCUUCAAAAAUCACCAAAGUCUUUAAAAACCUCAAAAAAGGCUACCACACCGCGUUCUAUGAGUUGCUCCUUGAAGUCAAGUCGCAACUGUAUUAACGGUGUUAAGGAAACAAACUUGCAAGACGUUUCCGUCUUGCGAAGCAAGCCCAUAGGGAAAAUCGUCUUGCGAAGCAGCUCAAAAAACAAAAAACCCUUUCGUCUUGUGAGGUACCACUGUACCUAAAAUAAUGCCUUUCCCAUCUUGAACUAUGAUCGGCAGGUGAGAUCUUGCUAGUGCUGUUGUCACUUUUAUCAGCCUGUGACAGGGCCUUUUCAGGGGUAGCUUCCUGUUUGUGGAAUGCCCUCCCUGGUAAGGUACAUCUGCCUCCUUUGUUUCCGGCUUUCAGAAGGAAUCUAAAAAACAUUUCUUGUUUACCCACAUGUUUGAUGGCUGAAAGGCACUGUUCUUGGCAACCUUGAAAUCACUGGUUGAUAAAGUGUUUUUAAAAUGCUUUUAAUAAUGUUUUUGGUCUUGGUGUGUUUUCUGCCCUGGGCUUCUUUGGGAGGAAGAGUGGAAUAUAUUGCAAGAUGAAUGAAUGAAUGAAUGAAUGAAUCCAAAAAGCUGGAACAAAUGGCCUGCCUAAAACUUUUUUAUUGCACUAGGCCUACACAGGCAAUUAAGAAAGCAUAUUACCACAAUGGUUAACUGAUGCCUGUUUUUAACUUUUUUAUAUGCUCUUCAUUGUAUGUUUUAAUUAUUUUUUCCUGUAAAUCUAACAAAGGGAAAUUUUACCAGGCCAAAUCUGUCCUCCAAGCUAACUAGCAAAUACUGCUCCAGCAGCUGAGGAGUUAGGGUUUAUGUCCUGAUCUUCUGUAAUAUGUACCCAGAGCAACUAUAAAAAAAGAAUAUUCAAGAAUAAAAAAUUUUAUAUGUGAAUUUAUGUACAUAGCUAGAUAUUAUUGUUUUGAUAAUGUUACGCUUAAAUCCAGUUUCUUUAUUUUUUAUUUUUUGGUAAAAGAACCUAGCCAGAAAUUACACCAAGGAUAUGUUAUCCAAAUCUCAGUUAAUCAUCAAGUAUGUCGUGUUCUUGAAUCUGGAUAUAAUUCACCCUUUCCCCCCCCAUUUGAACUGUCUAAAUCUUUCACCAAGUGUUUGUCAGUAGAGACAUCAUAGUUGACUACAGCAUGUUGCUUGUUCACACUAUGUGACUGCUGCAUCAGCUCACAGCCACCUUUGCCAUCAGAAAUAAUUUCUUGCGGCAGCCUAUGACAGGUGUCUCUACCUCUUACCCAAAACCAGGAUGUUAAUCUCAUUUUCUGCUUAGUUGAUAAAUCCUCGCAAGGCUCCGUCAUUCAUAUUCUGCACAGUGAGGAUGUGAAGAGGAGCAAGUCCCAUUGAGUUCAGUGGGACUUUACUCCCAGGUGUAAGAUUGCAGUUUGCUGUUUGGAAAAUAAGGCUUCUUUACUCCUCUGAAUUUGUGAAGAACAUUAUUUUGGGGUGUGUUGAUAUACUUCCAUAGGAUUACAGUUUUUAAUGAGGUAUCCACACACAACUAGUUCACACAUAACAUGUGUACAUGAUUUGUUACCAUGUGAAUAUCUGGCAAAAUAUAUGAGACAUCUCCUUUGAAAAGUGCUGAAGGAGCAUCUCCACCCCCAUCGUUCAGCCUGGAUACUGAGAUGCAGCUGCAAGACAUGAAGCUACAAGGAACCAGGCCGAGGGCCUUCUCGGUAGUGGCACCUGCCCUGUGGAAUGCCCUCCCAUCAGAUGUCAAGGAAAUAAACAUCUGACUUUUAGAAGACAUCUGAAGGCAGCCCUGUUUAGGGAAGUUUUUUAUGUUUUAUGUUUUAUCAUGUUUUUAAUAUUCUGUUGGGGAAACCUAGCCAAAUGGGUGGGGUAUAAAUAAUAAUAAUAAUAAUAAUAAUAAUAAUAAUGGAUUAUCACAACUUUCUUUUUAACCUAGGAUUGCUAAUUCACAGUUUGUAAGUGUGAGCCAGUUUACUAGUUGUUAACAGGGCUGGCCAACUCAUGAGGCAAGGAGAGGGGACUGCCUCAGGCAGCAGGAACUACAAGAGCAGCAGAUCCCAAUGUAUAUUUUUAUUCCGCCCUUGUUCCUGAUCUAGAUUGUCACUCACCCCUUCUUUCCUGGUGGGGCUGGUUGUGCCAUUUUGUGGUUUGCCUCAGGUGCAAAAAUGUCUUGGGCUGGCUCUGGUUGUUAAUACAUUCAUAAUCAGCCAAUAGUUCCCUGGAUUAAUAAGACUCAUUAAAUACUAGCAACCAUGUACCUGGCUUUGCUCAAUAAUUUUAAGAAUCCAAAAGUUCAGGGCAGUUUUGAAGGUUCAGUCCACCAUCUUAAUUCAAAAUGGCAUCCAACUGUAUCCAAACAUAGAAGUUCUCCUGUUCCUUGAGGUUGGGUCUCCAACUGCAUACCAUAUAGCUGAUUCCCUGUGAAAUACGUGGAUAAAUAGUUUGGUUAGUUUUGUAAUUUGCAAUGUAGUGCAGUGAUGUGAAGGGAACUUAAUUGGGCCACUCAGGGCUCAGAGGUUGGCCAACCUGGCUGCUUUGGGUGGUGUUAGAUAUGACAUCAGUCCACUGGAAAACUAUUGCCACAAUGCUCAGAAAUUUCCUUACCUUAGAAUAUAUGAAUGUUUCUGUUGAAAUGUUUGUAAAUUCUUUUCUAGUAAGGUACUCAGCACAAUGCAAGGCAGUUGCUUUGCUUAGAAGCUGAUAAAUGUUUUGGAUACUUUGGAAAUAUCAGCAAAAUAAUAAUCCUUUUGCUGUUGAUACCUACUGUUAGAAGAUUAAAAUGGAUCCCACCAAAUCUUCCGGAAGACCAUCUCCUGGAUUGUUACAUAAAUCUGCAAAAUCCUGUUGCACUGCAAGGACAUGUUCACCAUAUGGCCCAUCAUAAUCUAGUGUUUCAGAAGUGAGUGGAAUGAAAAAUAUAAGAGCCAAUCUGUAAUAUUGGUUAUAGAUACAGUGGUUCAAACUUUUGCUGAGCCAUAAGGCUCUCUGGAUGGCCCUAGAUAAGUCCCUUUUUCUUUGCUUGACCUUCCUCCAAAGGUGUGUCAGGAUCAUAGAAUUGUACAGUUGGAAGUGACCACGAGGGUUGUUUAGUCUAGCUCCCUGCAAUACAGGAACAUUUCCCCCAACGUGGGGCUCAAACCCACAACCUUUAAACUGAGAGUCUCAUGCUCUACUGACUGAGCUGUCCUGGCGUAAGGUCUAUUGUUGUGAGAAUAUAAUGGGGAUGGAUGAGAAGAACCUUGUAUACACCACACUGUGCCCCUUUGAAGGAAAGGCAGGAUACAAAUGUAAUAAAAGAAUUGGAUAUCCAGUACUCCUUCAUAUAUACUGCAUUGAACAUCUGAAGGCAGCCCUGUUUAGGGAAGUUUUUAAUAUUUGAUGAAUUAUUGUACUUUAAUCUUUUGUUGGAAGCCACCCAGAGUGGCUGGGGAAACCCAGCCAGAUGGAUGGGGUAUAAAUUAUUAUUAUUAUUGUUAUUAAUAAUAAUUUUAUUAUUUAUUAUUACAAUAGUUGAAGUUCAUGUAUUCAUCACUCUAACCCAAUGGGGCUUUAGUGUUCACACAGAUGUCAUUCAGGAAUAGAAAUAAAUGAGAAUCUGAAUAAGUACCUCUUAAAAGGAUAAUGGAUUUAUUUUCUGUUUCUCUGUUUUCUGUAAUACCAGGUCCCUUAUUUUGUAUGCAUGGUGGUACAGUCAUAAUUGAGAAAGUUUUUAUAUCGGUAAUAAAAAUGAAAUUUGAUUGGCUAGUAAUAGAAGGUCCUGUUCGUGAAAACAAUCACUUUGUCAUGCAGUUCCAAUUAACUGAAACUGCUGUGGUGAUAUAGCAGCUAUAAAACAUUGAUCUUCACUGCAUGUGCAUUAAAACUGCUCUAGGGUGAUUAUAUUAUAUUUUAAUUUUUUGAAAUGUAUUUAGGAGAUUUUUCUUGGCCCAACAUUGGGUCAUGACUUUUGUCUGGAUGUUGACUCCCCGCCCCCCUUCUUUAAUGGCCUUUAUCGUCUCUGGAGAAAGUGUAUACAGUCUCUCCCGGUCUUAAUAGCUUUGCUUUUCAUGCUUGUUCAUCUGGACUCCUUUAAAAGCACAGAGAAUGUUAGUUUUCUAAAACAUUGCCCCCUCCACUUGGGAAGUUGCGUUUGUUUGAACAUGCUGAGCAGAGUCUGUUGCUCUAAUGCACUAAUGAUUAAAUAUAAAAUGAUGACCAAAUCAUUUAUGAAGCGAUAAGAGGCUUUUCGUGAUUAUGUUGACUGGGUAAUGAAGAAAUCAUUUGCUUGCGUUUCUUUCUGCAAAAUCUUACGGGUUUUAGCUGCGGAUCAGCACAACACUGCUUUCUCACACCAGGGAAGCAACGUAUUUUCCUCUGUAAUGUUAUAAAUGGUCAUCAUAUGCCUUUAUUUCAAACUGGUUGUCACACAAGGCAGUGCCGUGUUCUGUUUUGUGGAGACGUCUAGUGUAACCUGUUCUCCCUUAGACACGUGACGAUUUAUAGAGAUUAAUCGUGUAUGUAUCACUCUCAGGAUAAGAAAAUGUAUUUCCCAUGCCACUUGGAAAGUGAACAUCUUGGUUUUCAGAUGGUAUCAGACCUUAAUCUUUCUUAAAGCGGCAACUUUGCUGAAAUAUCAGUUCGAUAGUGUUAGGCCAGAAAAAAAAACUGUUGCAGAUGUGAUAGAUUAGUGGAUGCAAAGAAGAGAGAAUUUUCCUAAGCUCUCAUUCACUCUUUGUAAAUGAAAAAGAAAAUGAGGGGAUUUUCUUUUCUGUGGUUGCUGCAGUGGGUGGGGAAGAGGGACAUAUUUAUUUACCAAAGUUGAGAGAUUUCCUUUCUAAUCUUAUACUGUGAGAAAUGACUUAAAAUGAAAACAAAAGCCAGACAUUCACUGCAUGCUGGCUGAUCCCUUAUAUUUGCCAGACGUUCACCUUCCGAGCAUCACAGAGUUGUUUAAAAAUAAAUCUCUUCCAUGUAAUUUUGAUGUAUGAGGUUGAACCCUGAUUGCACUCAUAAUAAAUAUGUAGAAUGCCACACAAAGUGCUUUUGUAGACAAAAAGCUACCUCUCUCCAAUAAGGCUUCAAGUAACAAAGCAGACAGGAUAACAAAUGUGCCUAUGUUAAACUAAAAAAACACAGUAUUAAAUUGACAUGUUGUACAAUGUCUGCGACCAAAGUGUUGAGAAAAUUUGGAUAUAAAAGGCAAUCCUUCAAAUACACAGAUAUGUUGGAAACCUUUUCAUUUAACCAGUUAUGUAAGCUGCAUUUCCAACGUUUCUAAUUUAUAUAACUUCUCCAAGGCUGAAAGGGGUUUUCAUUGAUAAACCAAUUCUUCAGAUUCAGUAAAGGCAGCCGACCUUGAACAAAUCUUUGGCAAGUGUCUGUCACAAACCAUACUCAAAAUUUGAGAGUACCUCUGUGAUAUACGCUGCAGUACAUACCCAUCAUUUGGUGGAGGUUUGCUAUUAACUGUCUAUUAACAGUCUAUUAACUGUACAAUCCUAUACAUGCCUAAAAGGUAAAGAUAAAGGGACCCCUGACCAUUAGGUCCAGUCGUGACCGACUCUGAGGUUGCGGCGCUCAUCUCGCUUUAUUGGCCGAGGGAGCCAGCAUACAGCGUCCGGGUCAUGUGGCCAGCAUGACAAAGCCGCUUCUGGCGAACCAGAGCAGCGCGCGGAAACGCCGUUUACCUUUCCGCUGGAGUGGUACCUAUUUAUCUGCUUGCACUUUGAGGUUCUUUUGAACUGCUAGGUUGGCAGGAGCAGGGACUGAGCAACGGGAGCUCACCCCGUCGCGGGGACUCGAACCGCUGACCUUCUGAUCGGCAAGUCCUAGGCUCUGUGGUUUAACCCACAGUGCUACCCGCGUCCCUAUACAUGCCUACACAGAACUAAAUCCUAUGGAGUUUAGUGGGGCUUCCUCUCUUGAACUUUUGUAGGAUUGUAACCCAAAUAGGGCUGAGUAAUAUCUGGUUUUCCACAUCAUGAUAUAUCACCAGCUAAACAUUGUGAUAUACCAAUAUAUCACACUGUCUGAAAUAAGUAUGGAACUAUGUAGAGCUGAACAGUAGGGCUGGGCGAUAUAUGUUUUUCAACAUUGCGAUAUAUCACCAGCUAAGCUUUGUGAUAUACAGUGGUGCCUCGCAAGACGAAAUUAAUCCGUUCUGCGCGUUUCUUCGUCUUGCGGAUUUUUUCGUCUUGCGAAGCACGGAUGCACCCUGGUACUGUAUUAUAAUGGGAUAGCGGGCAAAGCACAAAGCGGGUCGCUCCCCAGCAGGAGGAGUUUCCCCAGCCUGGAGGAUCUGUUGCCGGGAAGAGGCAAAGACACCCCCCUCCCACCUCCCCACGAAAACAGCCCCCCUUCCUCUGUCGCCAAGCCUUGCCGCGUCUUCGCUCGGCCAAACCGCGUCCCACAUCAAAGCCCCAGCCCGCUCCUCUCCCUCUCUCUCCACGAGGUGCCAAAGGAAGUUUGAGCCCAGGGCGGACGCACGAAGCGCCCGGCGCGGACUCUCCCUUGCUCCCCCCGUUACCUUGCGCCAUGCUGCCAGGCUCCCCACAGUCUCGGCAGCUGCUCCCGGCUUCUUCCCACCCCCGCAAAGGCGCCUUCGCGGCGGCCCAAGCGCAGUGAAUGCCUCCUCCUCCUCCUCCUUGGUCCCCCUCCUCCUGCCUUCGCGCAGUUAGGGCAAAAUGGAGCAGCCACGUGGGGAGGGGGGGGAGAGAGAGGCAGAGGCGGUGGCGGUGCAGAGACCCAGCCAGAUCCGCUGGAUCCCAGCCCACCUGCCUCCUCUGUGCCCUCUCCAGAAGAGGAUCCCUCUGGAAAAGGUAGGUCGCUCCCUGCCAGCCCAGUUCCCGCUUCAAAAGGAAACAAACUCGCAAGACGUUUCGUCUUGCGAAGCAAGCCCAUAGGGAAAUUCGUCUUACGAAGCACCUCAAAAAACGAAAAACUCUUUCGUCUUGCGAGUUUUUUGUCUUCCGAGGCAUUCGUCUUGCGAGGUACCACUGUACUGAUAUACCAUGAUGUCUGAAAUAAGGAUGGAGCUGUGUAGAGGCACUGGCUGGCUUCACAGUUUUUCCUGCAUUGUGAUUUUUGCAUAGCGCGCGCACACACACAAACACAUAUAUGUUGCCAGGUCAAAAAUGAGAAACUGAUAUCACAAUAUAGACUUCAAACUGGUUUUGAGUGAUAUAUAGGCCAACCCUAACAUGUGUCAUGAUUCAUGAUGUGUUACCAGGUUAAAAAUUAUGAAACCAUUAUCACAAUAUGGGGUUCAAACUGGUUUUGUGUGGUAUAUUAUAUAUCGCCCAACCCAAAGCCCGAAUUGCAGAAUGAUCAACAGCACAGCAUAGGAAGGCAAGUAGAAUUGCAAGCCGGAUUAUAGCCUAUAGAGCCAGGUACCCUGCCUAUAUCUGUCCAAGAGGGCAACUGGCAGUAUGAAGAGCACAUCUUGAGCUGCAUACUGGGCCAUAAUAUCAGAUACCUGACAGCAGCCUAUAAGCAAGUACAGUCGUACCUUGGAUCCUGAACGCCUUGGUACUUGAACGUUUUGGCUCCUGAACGCCGCAAACCUGGAAGUGAGUGUUCUGGUUUGCGAACGUUCUUUGGAACCCAAACGUCCGACGGGGCUUCCGCGGCUUCCGAUUGGCUGCAGGAGCUUCCUGCAGCCAAUCAGAAGCCGUGCUCUGGUUUCCGACCAAAUUUGGAAGUGGAAUGGACUUCCGAGGUACGACUGUACUCUGGUUUUGGAAUUAUGUUAUCAGACGUAUAUUAACAAACUGGCACUUAGGUUUAUGAGGAGAGAGAAAGAGCAAAGAAAACAAACUCAUGUGAGCCAGUGGAAUACUCUUAAGAAUAAUUGAACACUUAUCUUGUCGAGUAGGCGACCAGGUUGUUACCCGUUGUUUUUUUUAAAAGGCCAUGUGUUGGAUCCAGAAUUCACUCCUGUCAGUGAGAGCACCCCCAAGGGCAGUUGCAUUCAGAGGAUGCCCCUGCUAGUGGGAUGGGAGGUUACUUUUUGCUAGUUUUUCCCUACCCCCGGAAGCCCCCAGUGCCAUAGAGGGUUGAGUGACUUUCAGGCCUUUGGUGGCACUGGGGGUUGCAGGUGGAGGGGGAACCUGCAAAAGUUGAAUUGCCUCUGUCUGCCAGCUUGAUUCCUCACCUGUUUCAAAAGCCUUCCCAUUCUAUCUGCAGAAGGUGAACUCUGGAUCCUGUGCCAUGUUUUUUCUUGUACAGUGGUACCUUGGGUUGCAGAUGCUUCAGGUUACAGACACUUCAGGUUACAGACUCCGCUAACCCAGAAAUAGUACCUCGGGUUAAGAACUUUGCUUCAGGAUGAGAACAGAAAUCGUGUGGCGGCGGCAGCAGGAGGCCCCAUUAGCUAAAGUGGUACCUCAGGUUAAGAACAGUUUCAGGUUAAGAACGGACCUCCAGAACGAAUUAAAUUCUUAACCCGAGAUACCACUGUACCAUGAUCCCAGUUGAGUUUUGGGCAUGGGGUUGCAUCCAGAGAACUGAGCAGGAGGGAAAUUUCUGCUGCUUCUGUUUGCAAAUUCUUGCAUGAGAGGAACACUCUAAUAGAUACGGUAGGUUCUGUAUUAUGCUCUGCAAGCAGAAUAGCAUUUUGGGAUUUUGUUGAGUGAAAAAUGUGAAAAAAUUGUUUGUGAAAGAUGUACUUCCAUGAGCUUAAGUUCUCCUUUCUUAUGUGGGAUCCAAACUAUGGAUUUUAACUAGAAUUUGUCAUUGGGCUAGCAACUGAUUUACUGUGCUAUUCUUGGUAAUUACUCAGAAGUAAAGUUCAGUGGCACUUACUCUCUCUAAGUGUGUAUAGGAUUGCAGCCUCAGUUAGGGCGAGGAAAGAUGAUAGAUGUGUUCACCUACUUCUGAACCCAGGAAUAUUUUUCAUUUUCAAAAUAAAGUGUAUGUGUGGGGGAGGGGUUUGCUACAUUUUUAAGAGCCUUUGAAUCUCCAUCUCAAUGAACUUGUUUUCAUGACCCUUUCUGGUGAAAGGUCUGAGUACAUCUUGAAAUUGAUCAUGCCUUCAUAUAGGUAUUUACGUUGGAUGACGAUGAUGAGGCAGCUAAUUCAUAAAGGGAUGUAUUUGUGCAUUCUUUAUUGAUCACUCCUAAUGGAUGAGAGUUCUUUUUCACUGUUGUUCCAAACUGACUGCAGGCUUAUUGAAGUAAUAAAGGCUAGUUUAAAAUUAUCAGCAUUUUCAUGUGCCUGUGAGGCAGUAGAAGUAUGGUUUAAAAUUAACUUUUCUAUUUUUAAAGGAUAGCAAACAGGUGGUAGAUUUGCCUAUACAUCUUUCUAGGAAACAGGUCAUUUUUUAAAAAAAUCUCCUGCGGAAUCCAUAGCCUUCCAGAUGUUGUUGGACUCCAACCUCCAGCAUUGUUAAUUAUUGUUAUUAUUAUUAUUAAUUAUCAUCAUCAUUUAUUUCUUUAUUUCAUAAAAUUUACACACUGUUUGAUUGAAAAACCCUCACAGUUGUUGCAGAUAUGGCCAUCUCUAAUGGCCACAGGUGACGACAGUUGUGGUCUAGGAACAUCUGGAGAUGUUCCACAGGUUCCACAUCCCUGCCAAUGUAAGUCCUGCUGGUACAAGUUCCGCCUGCUGAUCCAGCAUGACCCCUGCUCAGUUGGGUUGUGAAAGUUAUGCUGGGUGAUCCCUGGCUGAGCCAGGAUGAAGAUGUAUUGUUGGUGUGGUCCAGGCUGACUGAGGACAGCCCAAUAUCCAUCCAUUCCAAACUUGCUCAUCCUGACUGAUUUUGGGUAUGGAUUGUGCUGAAAGUCUUCCUAGCUGAUGCUGAGCUACACAAGCGUAUUGGCAAGGCAGCUACAGCAGUGGCUUGCCUCGUUGAAAGGGUAUGGGCGAACGUGAUGCCAACGAUCAAUACCAAGACGAAGGUUUACCAGGCUUGUGCGUUGAGCAUGUUGCCCUAAGUGAGUUGUGGGCAACUUACAACCGCCAGGAGCGACGCCUCAAUGCCUUCCACAUGCACUGUGUCUGGAUGAUUUGGGGCAUCAUAUGGCAGGACAAAGAUGUGCUCUCCCAAGCUCACAUUCCCACGAUGUCCACGCUGGCUCGGUCAUGUCCGCAGAAUGGAAGAUGGCAGGUUCCCCAAGGAUGUGUUCUAUGGGGAGUUGCCUUCAGGCACCAGGCCUGUUGGCAGACCAGCCCGGCACUAUGUCUACAUAGUGACAUGAAGGCUGGCAACAUCAGCCCUGCCAUGUGGGAAUUCCUUGCAGACAACUGCAAUGCCUCGAGACAGACAAUCUAAGUUGCAUUCCCAUAGCAGUGACCAGAGGAGGAAUGACUGGUGGGAGGAGUGUGGCGUUCGUACGGCGCCCCCGGUCGUGUCACGGACUAUUGACCCGUACACCACUAAACCACUGCCACCAACCAGAUUCCCCCUAGUAAAAACACUUCAGUCUCAGUCAGCUUCUCAAUUAAUAAAGAAGAGUGUAUUUUAUUUCAGACACAAACAAAACUUUAAGGCAUUCCAACUGUUGUUGUUCUUUACUUUCUUAGUCUUGUAUUCCUCUCUCUAUCUCUUCUGCCUCCCCACACUCAAGAACCCACUGGCCUAACUAUCUCUUUAUUACCAACUGCAUUUCCCAACCAGCCAACCCACUAAAUCCAACCAACUACCCACCCACAACUCCCAACCAACUCCUCCUCGAACUCCUCCCAGAACUGGUUUUAUAGUCCCACUGACUCCACCCCCCUGGGUCCUGACUGGGCAACCUGGUUAACUAUUUCCCCUCUCAUAUCUGUUAACGUCACAAGGAGUGCAGAGAGAAGAAAUGGCGUGGUGCAUCUGCAGCAGCACCACCAGAUGCCUUCAUCUGCCCCAGCUGCAACAAAACAUGUCUCCCCUAUAUUGGUCUCUAAAGCCACAGCAGGUGCUGUAACUCUCCAAAGGUUUGAUUUCACCCGACAAACGUGCACUCCUCCAUUGUCUCCUGAGACUGAUGGAUGCCAACCCAGACUUCCUAGCUGUGGAGAAAGAUCACACAGAUCAGUCCAUAAAGUUCUCCUCUCUCCUGUGAAUAAGGCAUUGAUAUAUUUUGCUAGCAAAGGACUUCUUCUCUCUCAAGUCUUAAUUUCUACUAGCUAGGAUGGCUGGAGGUCAAACUUUCAUGUGUUGUCCACCUUCAUGCUGCAAAGCAGGCAAUCUGUACGGGCAAAAUAACAAGAAUAUUGUGCUUGCCUCAGGUAUGCAUGUUUGGGAAAAAUAGACAUGUUUUUGUGUUGGAAACAGGAAAAGGAAGGACCUUGGUGAAAUGCUACAAAGCUUACAGAGGUGCUGAGGUGUCUCUGUGGAAAUCUACGUUCAAUCUUUACAUUUGCGAAUAAAACCAAAUACUACAAAAUGCUCCAAGUCUCCAGUCUUCCAAAGGAAUCCAUAUCCAAGCCAGCACUACUCCUGAAGCUUCUUAUUGCUUAGAGCAAUGAGCAUCAUUGCAAGUCAUUCUUGACGCUUCCCCCUUCAAACUAAAACCAGUUUUCAUUUCUUGAGUCACCAGCCAUGUGCUUGGCUUUCACCCUUCCCCUCCCUUCCCCUGGCAUUAGUGUGAUUUAGGUGAGAUGGGCAAAUAACAGCUAAAGACCGAAAGAAUCUAGUUGCUGAAGGAUAAACUUGGUUCGACUUCAUUAUUAGACAAAUGAUAAGUUUGUGUGGACUUAUUAUAACAUUAAUCAACCUGAUGGAUUGGAAAUAUGACAGAACUGAAGCAGCGUGUAAUAUUAGUGCCUAUUAUUCUACAAAUUAUGCCUUCACCUAUUGUUCGCAAGGCAAGAGUCAUGCUGUAUAUUAAAAAAUGUUGUGUGCACAUUUCCCCCUCUCUUGUUAAGAUACCUCCCACCUCUUCACAGUUCUCAUUGUUUUUCUUGCUCUCGCUAAUUUGGAGGCUGUUGCCUUAAAUCCAAAGAUCAGAAAAAGCAUGAGUAAUACUGGUGAGCUGUCCUUCGUUUAAAAUGAAUUGAUUGCUUUUAUUUGGGUUUAUAGCCAACCCCCCAUUCCAGAAGCUCAGAAUGGGCAACAAAAGCAACCCCCUCCCAGAAGAAAAAUAAUAAUGGAAUUCGCUGAAGUUUCUCUAUGCUUCUUCUGUUUAAUCCUGACCCUCAGAGGCUAUUCUAAAAACCGGCCAUGAAAAUCUUCUGAAUGCAUUAAUACUUCCAUCAGCUUUAUGGACUGGCAACUCAGUUAUGCUGUCUAUUUGUAUGGGUGGAAUCUAGAGUGGUCCUUCAGUUCAUGGUGAAAACAGGGAUCCUGUAGAGGCUUCCCAAGGAAGGGGGAAGGAAAAGAUUUCAGUUGAUUUUCCCUUCCAUGACUCCCAUGCUGUUCAGAAGGUUCCCCCAACCUCUCUUCUUUCAAGGGGCACAGGAAUUGUUUAUAUUAUUAUUAACUGUACUUAUUAAAAACAAGCUUCUAAAACCAAUUUUUCCUGUUCAGUACUCCGUAGAAAUCUUUAUACAGUACAUUUGUGUUGCCUCUCUCAUCUCCAGAAUUUAUUUCUCCAGGGUGCAAGCUUUGGUGUUAAAGUAAUAAAUGUUGUAACGAAAGAAAGUUUCGCUAUAACACUUGGAUAUGAUUAGCUUUUUUCCAGGCGCAUAGAGUUACAGAUGUGUGUGAAUGUAUUUAAUAUUAAAGGUCAGGUUGCAUUUGUGAUACCAGAUGCUUUACGGUCCCGUCCAACUUUUCUGAAAAGACAGGUUAGUAUAUUGCAAAAAGUGGAAGGGGCAAAUAAUUAUACACUAGAGUGGUUUUGUUAGUAUUCUGGUUUCUGGAUCAUGUAGAGAGUAAUGUUUCUGACUGCAGCAAAAGCAUUAGUUGUGGUAAUUAAGUUGAGCCAAUCAUUUAAAGUUUAUUUUAUAUAUGAAAAUGAUUUGUAUCCAAGUGGUAUCUAAAGCAGCUAAAUUGAACAGUAUCUUAAUUUUUACUCAUAGACAACGCAUUUGAAUGCGGAUUAGUUCAGUGUGCAAUUCGGGCUUUCAGGCCACCCUGCCUUUUAACCACACACUGCAAAGUGUACGGCGGCUGGCAGUGCUAGCCUAUCAGUACUGCUGAUCAGUUGUUCAGUGAUAUACAUUCGUAUGGUGCAUGAUGAAUUGGUGAGACGCAAAUUCUCAAGAGUAAAGACAAUUUGUACUCCCUUGUUUCCCCUUUUAAUAUAGCAUAGCGAAGAAAUGUUGUACGUAACUGCUUUUCACAGUGGGUUCUAAAAAGGCAUGUUUCCCCGCUCCCACAGUUUUCAUUGGUUAAGUCAUUUCAUUUAUAAUUUUAUCUUUAAGUUGCCUUUCUGCACACACACACACAAACAAUAAACAAACAAACGUGCCAAAAGUGGCUUACCAGAAAGAGAACAGCAACACAUCUCAAAAUCAACAAUCGGAGGAGCAAUUUCAUCAUAACAGGAAUAAUGAGACAGCAGCUUAAUAGCAAAUAUAUCAACAGUGUGCAUUACACAUCCCGGCAACAGCAGAAACAACAAGGGAGCUUGAUAGUUUUAGUUUGGUCCUGUAAACGCACCUCCCGUGAUGUUCCUCCCGCAUAUAUUUCAUGUGAAUCUUAUCUUCAUGAAUGGCUCCAUAUGUGUUUAGCUUUCCGGACAACUUUUUAAAGUAAAGCUGGUUUAAAACAAAACAACAAAGCAAAGCGAAGCACACACACUAAACUUUUCUUCCACUCCCAAAUUCUCAGUUGUUCUUCAAACAUUAUUCUCCUGCUGCUUUGCCUGUUAAGAAUAUUUUGGCACCUUCUUCAGAAGGUGUACUCCCUUGCGCAUGAAUGCAUCCUCCUUCAGCAUAUUCUUCAGUUUCUUUAACACUUGAUGGUGUUUCAUUCAAAACUUAAGUGUGUAUUUUGACGCUUCCUCCCCCUCCCUUCAUCCUUUUCUCAACCAUGUCAAUAUCAAUCUGAUUAACUCUUCUAAAACAUGUCAUCUUCGGCAGUAACCUGUUUGCCAUUUUAUCUAGGUUUCAUCCUUAUAUUAUCUGGGUUUUAAUUUUGCAGCGCUAGUUUGCCAGGCCUUUUCCACUUCAUUGAGGUGGAAACUGAAUUUGGCUUAAAUGCAUCUAACUUUUGCAGGGUUGUUGUUGUUUUUAAAUGCAAAUGGCAUCAGCUGGGUGGGGAGCUGGUAACUGACAGGGUCAGAGAAGGGUGGAAUCUAAUCCAUUUUGUCCUGCUGGCAUAUUGGACUCAAUCUCUCUUCUGAAGCUGUUUUCAGAAAGGAGAAUAAAGGGGUUAGGGCAAUUGGAUGUAGAUGGGCUUACCUCUAGUGGGAGGGUAGAGCAGCUCAUGACCAUAUGUUGUCGUGAUUGGUAGGUAUUUUGUGGUUCGAGGACCCGAUCCCCGCUUUGUGGAAUGAAGACACACAGACACAGAGUAUAAGGUUAAUGGGCAAGAAAAGGCCACAACUUUAUUGAUUACAGCAAGUGAGAAGGUAUUGGCUUAGGCAUUGGACCACGACAGAUUGAGUCCACCCACUCAGAGAGGGGUGAGCCCAAAGGGGGUUUAUUCACCAGAAGGUGGAGCCUGUUGAUGCUAAUACAACUAUAAUCUCUCCCCGAUGUCACCGAGGGUCGUGCCAUGGCCCCCUGCCACACAGGCAUUGGACAGGAUCCACGACCGCCAGAUUCCUUUAACGAAAUACCCAAAUUUGAAAGGGUAGGCGAUGGCCACACCUACCCCUUCCGCACACCAUCAACACAUUCCAAUGCCUAACCUAACCGCCAAUACCAAUAAAGUUGUGACGAUUGCUACGAGGUAGGCGAAAAAACCAAAAAGCCUAAUGCCAAUUGGAAAAAUUCCUACCAGGCCCCCUGGGCAACCUGGGCGACCAACCUAAGUUCCAUAGCAAGGUCAAGAGAAAAACUAAGCCCUAAGCUCUAAGGGAGUGGAGGGUGGGUGACUCGCAACGAGAAGGCGGAAAAUGAGGCAGAAUGGCUGGCACAGCAGUAAGUUAAACUGCAAACCGCGCCCCCUCCAAGUCACCCGGUUGGGCGCUUACCUGUGGGCGUGGUGCGCCAGCCAGGUGAGUGGGGCAGGGGGCGUAACACCCCCUGCGUGAUGCAAAAUCGCGUCCCGCCCACAACACCUCCCCUCUUGGAUGAGGAGAGGCUUUGUAGUUUUGCUAUUUUAUAUUGUUUUGAUUGAUUUAUUGUGUUUAACAUACUUGUAAUAGUCAGUAUCUAGCUAAACAGAUCCACUACUAGUGCAAGGAUUUCUGCUUGUGAAAUGCAACUUUCCCUCUCCUCUUCCCUGCCCCACACCUUUCCAAAUCUGCUCUGGAUGAUUGGGGGAAUCCCCAAAAGUGAUUGAGGAUAGGGAGGAGAAGUUCCGUGGUGCAGAUGGAAACCCUUGUACUAACAGAUCUGUUUAGCUGGAUACCACCCAUUGUAUCCUUCUUCUUUUGUUCACCGCUUUGGGGUCCUUGGGCCCCAAAGUGGUAUAUAAAUAUAUUAUAACAGUAACGUACUCUAAUGGUUUGGCAGAUGUGCGAUUUGAUGUGUGUCGUAUAAUAGGCAUGUUAUGGUGGUUAUACUGGAAAAUGUUUGUUAAAGUGCAGAUCUUGACUCCUCACCUGUCUAGGACAGGGUUUCUCUACAACUUGGGUCUCCUGCUGUUUUUGGACUACAACUCCCAUCAUCCCUAGCUAGCAGGACCAGUGGUCAGGGAUGAUGGGAAUUGUAGUCUCAAAACGUCUGGAGGGCCGAGGUUGAGGAAGCCUGAUCUAAACAGAGAGGGUUCUGGUGUUUUUUGUUUUUGUUUUUAAUAAUAAAAACCCCUAAUGACUAAUGCUCAUUUUGGCUUCUUUAAAUUCUGAAUGAAUCCAAUUGUUUUCUUUCUCCUUCUGCAGCUGCAGAACCUUGGCCUCAGAACGCAGCAUUGUAUCAGCCGCUGAAAGGUGAGUACUUUAUUUAUUUUUUGCACUUAACGGGGGGGGGGCUUCAUUAAAUAUGCAGCGAUGUAAUUAACUGGAGCCUGGCGGGUGCGAAGGGGAGGGGGUAAGUGGGGAGAAAGAACCUUGUUAAAACGAGCAUCCUUUGUGGUGGUCGUCCGGCCAUAGGUUUUUGCUAAACUUGUACCUGCCAAUAUAAGCCAGCUAUUCAUGGCCUUAUAAGGUCCUUGGUUUAUUAUUGACUCAUUAUAUUGGCUGCUGUAGGCAGUGUAAAAUGAUGUGGUUUGCAGGCCCAGUUGGCAGAUUUACUGCGCCAAUAGCUGAGGCAGCAGAUUUUUGAAGUCUUGUGGUAAAGUGGGCUCCCGGUAAAAAGGAACUGUUAAAAUGUAUAGGCUAGGAUGGUUCAGGCUCCCUUUAGCAGCUCUUCAUAUAUCAUCAGAUCACAUUAUGGCCCCCAUUUGGGGCUCAGCAGCCUGCUACAGUUGUCAGAAGACUGCAAAGUAAUGAAGACUAAUAGGUAGCAGCCCUAGUCUUCUAAGCAUGGGAUUUUUAUUGCUGUGUACUUGUCAUCUUUCUUUUGUGUGACAGACCUAGACACAGUGCGCAAUAUUAACUGCAAGCUGGUUUUAUAUAUAUAUAUAUAUAUAUAAUUUCUGUAUGCUUUUACUUUUUAGCAAGAGGAAUUAUGAAGUUGUUUGUUUUUAUUUCUAUUAGGAAAUGAAUAAUUGCCCGUUUAUUUUAUUUUUUAAAAAGAAAAAGCCCAAGGCAUGCGCACACACAAGAACUUACACACACACACACACACACACACACACACACAUAUCGGUUAGGGAUUUUAACUGUUGGGACCAUACGAUAAAUUGCAGGGCAGAGCUAAAGGAAAUAUUUCUGAGACCACAGGCUUCCUAAAGCUACAUUAAUGUAAUGGGGCAUGUGAUUCGUGUUAAAUCAGUUUGUCUCCUUAUGUUUGUACACCAUUUAUUUUUGCACCCCCAAAUGAUCUGCAAUUAUCCAUUGGGGAAGGAGUCAUUAUUUCCAAUAAUUGUCCUGCACUUUCUUUAUUUAUUUUACAGAUGAACAAGUUUUGCUUUCUGAUAAUGCUGCUUGUCUUGCUGUUCAGGUAAAAGCAUCGUUCUACUUUCCUACUUGGCACGUGUUAAUGUAUCCGAGAACAACUGGCCCCAUCCACUGAACAUUUCAUUAAUGUAUGCCCUUCUGAAAUGAAAAGGACUUUUGCACCGUUGUGUUGUACUGUGUUCCCGUUGGAUGUACACGGGCAAUGCUCUUUUCUCUCUGGAGGCAUAGCAAAAAUGUGAAGCAAAAUAUUUUAUCGCACUUCAGCUGCGUCUAGACAACGUGGUAAGCCACAAACCAGGGCUUACUGUGAAAGAGUAGCAUGCCAAUACAUGCUUCUGAAUUGCUCCCACCAUGAUUGUGUAGCAUGAGUAGGAAUAACAAACCACGAGCCUUGGCGUUCCGUGAGGUCCGAACCAGCCCUUGUGGUUUGUUUCUCUCUAAGCGUGCUAUGACCCGGAAGCCAAGAACAAACCUUGGAUUCAGAUUGCGGUUUCUUUGAAAAGAAAUGUCACUAUCGCUGUGCAUCGCAUUAAGUCCUGGCUCAUGGUUUGCUGCUUCCUCUUGCAUUAGGGGAGGAACGCGCUGAUGGAUGAUUGGGUAGCAUGAACUCGGAUGCCAUUCUGUCAUGGCAAGCCAUGGUUUAGGGCUUGUCAUGGCAUCCAAACGGGACUGCUGUCCCCACCUUAGGCGUUGUCAGUGACAUUUGGGCCAAUCAUGCAUGACAAGACCUACUUUUUGAGAGAGGAGCAGCAGGACACAAGGUAGCAAGCGGCAACAUUGUCCCUAACACAGGAUGAGCUCAUGUAUUUUAUCCAGAACCGUACGAGUACAGCAUUAGAUGUCUUGCAAUCUGCACUGACUCAAAGCAGGGCCUUAAGUGUAGCUGCCCCUCAUAGACUCAUAGAAUUGUGGAGUUGGAAGGGACCCCAAGGAUCAUCUGGUCCGGGGGUCAGCAAUCUUUUUCAGCUGUGGGCCAGUCCACCGUCCCUCAGACCAUGUGGUGGGCCGGACUAUAUUUUUUGGGGGGAAAUGAACGAAUUCCUAUGCCCCACAAAUAACCCAGAGAUGCAUUUUAAAUAAAAGCACACAUUCUACUCAAGUAAAAACAUGCUGAUUCCCGGACCGUUUGCGGGCCGGAUUGAGAAGGCGAUUGGACUACAUCCGGCCCACGGGCCUUAGGUUGCGUACCCCUGAUCUAGUCCAACCAUCUGCAAUGCAGGAAUUUUUCGCCCAGCCUUGUUCUGUGGAACAUUUCUGCCAAAAUACAACACUAACCCCAGCCUUCCUAGCUGGAUGAAUAGGUCUCUGCUAUGAGUGCCUGUUUACUCUUGGUGUGUGUUUUUUUAAAAAAUCUGCUGCUAUUUUGCAUAUAGUUUUAAACAAUUUUUAGCUGUUUUUAUUGCCCUCUGUCCAUUGCCUUGGGAUGUGUGUGCAAGGAGAUAAAUAGACAAUAAUAUAUCCAUAUACAGUGGUACCUCAGGUUAAGUACUUAAUUCGUUCCGGAGGUCCGUACUUAACCUGAAACUGUUCUUAACUUGAAGCACCACUUUAGCUAAUGGGGCCUCCUGCUGCUGCCGGAGCACGAUUUCUGUUCUCAUCCUGAAGCAAAGUUCUUAACCCGAGGUAUUAUUUCUGGGUUAGCGGAGUCUGUAACCUGAAGCGUAUGUAACCUGAAGUGUAUGUAACCCGCGGUACCCUUCCAUAUCUGUAGGCUUCCCACUGAUGUCAUUUGGAUAUUUAUCCUCUGCUAUAUUUUAUAGCUGACCCACCCAAGUUCAUGCUUUUGCAGUCAGAGGAGUAUUUGUAUACAAAAUUAAACCCUUAUACUCUGUAAAAGUUUAUAUGCAAGAACUAGCAGCCUCUGGUGCCUUAUUCAGAAUUAAAAUUGGGUAGGAUGCCCAGUUUUUCCAUAAGCAUUUGCUGGAGAAGUGGUUUGGAUUAGCAUUACAUGCAAACUGAGCCAAAGUCGAAGUGAAAAAGGAUAUUUUAUGUGCCGUAGAGGGAAGAUACAAACUUGGAAUUGUACUACAGUCGUACCUUGGUUGACGAAUGCCUUGCGACUUGAACGUUUUGGCUCCCGAACACUGCAGACGCAGAAGUGAGUGUUCUGGUUUGCGAACGUUCUUUGGAACUCGAAUGUCCAAUGCGGCUUUUGCAGCUUUCACGGCUUCCGAUUGGCUGGAGGAGCUUCAAUCAAUUGGCUGCAGCCAAUCGGAAGCCUUGCCUUGGCUUCCGAACAUUUUGGAAGUUGAACGGACUUCCGGAACGGAUUCCAUUUGACUUCCGAGGUAGCACUGUGCUUGGAAUUUGAAACAAACAGAUGUGAACCACCCUGAAACCUCUGUGUAUAGGGUGGGGUAUAAAUUCAAUAAAUAAUAAUAACAGUAAUGUCUUCAGAGCUGAACAGCACUGUUAAAAAGGUGUUUUGUUUUCUCUUUUCUCAUUUAUAAAUGGGGGGGGGGGAGAGGGAACAGUGAUGUAACUGUUUGCAGUGUUGAAAAAACAAAGUUCAUAAUCGUUGUGAAAUGUUUCCAUGCUCUGUAUUAAAAUGACACUCUAAAACGUAAGCAAAAAGACCUAAAACUGAGGGUGAUAGCCAGUCUUAGUUAUACUCCAGAGUAGACUUCAUGAAGUCAAUGGACUUGAAAGUCUAUUGAUUUUAAUAGGUCCACUCACUGGACAUUGAUCUAGGACAAGGGAGUAAGAACUAAGUGAGAUUUACAGCACAAUCCUCUACAUGACUACUCAGAAGCAAGUCCCACAGAGGCAGGAAUCCUAGGCACAUGUACUUGGGAAUACGACCUACUGUGUCUGAACGGGAGUUACUUCUGAGUAAACAUGUACAGGAUUGUGCUUAUCAGAAGGCAUACAAAGAUGUAAAGGUUUAUUAAAAGUAAUACAUAACAAUAAAGCCCAAAAUGUAAAAAGUCACAUUCAGAGAAAUGUUUGAAAAAAGCAAGAAAUUUACAUGUUAGUAAAACUAUGCUGCAAUCUUUUUAAAAAGUGUUUUUCAAUUUUUAAUUCAAAAAGGGGUGUUAGAUGGGGGAAGUGAAUAAAGUACAUAAAUAAUACUAAUUUUGAUGGGUGACACUGAUCACAAGCACCCCCAAUUAUGGGGCACAAUUGUAGUUAAUAAUAUUGAUUUCCACUAAUGUGGAAAGCGCUGUUAUUUUGAUAAGCAAAUAUUAGUGUAAUAUAUAAUCAUUUUAGCUAAUCCUUGGAUAAAGAAGUAGAUUACACCAUUAAAAGUUUUAAACCCUAUAUUAUAGUUUUUGGAAUACACAUGUGUAUAUAGAGCAAGUGUUAAUAAUUACCUUCAUCAGCAUAAUAAUAUUUUUAAAACAAGGUCCCCCCCCCCGCCGAAGGAGUAUAUUGUUUGAUUAUUUCCAUUUUGUUGUUCUACACAUGUCACUUAGAUGAUAAAUUAACCAUAAUAUAUUAAAAGAACGUCUUUAUCUUCAAUAUUCUUUGGUCUGACAGCUGAUAGUAGCCAUGACUAUAAAUAUGAUUUCAACAGAUAUCUGAUUUUAAACUUUAUGGAACAAUUUUCUUUGAUGUAAGGGGAUGGUAUCUGUUUUAAGAAUCUGUAUUAAGAAUACACUGCUGAUUCCUUUUUUUAAAAAAAAACAUACUUAUUUUUCUAAAUAAUAAUAUUGCUCCAAUCUGUUAAGGUUAGUUUACUAGCUAUUUUUAAGCAAUGACUAAUGAAAAUAUCAGUCUGGUUAUCUCUUUCUGAUGUUCAGACUUGCAUGUUGUGGUGGAGACAAUGGUAAUUAUUAUUUACUGAAUUUAUAUACCAGCCUAUACCCGGAGGUCUCUGGGCGGUUCACAGAACAAAACAAUCCAUUCUUCUUACAUCUUGGUUAGAUUGAUGUGAAACUUUGUUGCGGUAAAAACGUAAAGGUAAAGGGACCCCUGACCAUUAGGUCCAGUUGUGGCCGACUCUGGGGUUGCGGCACUCAUCUCACUCUAUAGGCCGAGGGAGCAGACAGCUUCCGGGGGUCAUGUGGCCAGCAUGACUAAGCCGCUUCUGGCGAACCAGAGCAGCGCACAGAAACGCCAUUUACCUUCCCACCGGAGCGGUACCUAUUUAUCUACUUGCACUUUGACGUGCUUUAGAACUGCUAGGUUGGCAGGAGCAGGGACUGAGCAACGGGAGCUCACCCCGUCGCAGGGAUUUGAACUGCCGACCUUCUGAUCGGCAAGUCCUAGGCUCUGUGGUUUAACCCACAGCGCCACCCGCGUACCACCCAUAAUGUGGAAUGUGUUUCUUGUGGAGCUGCUUGAUAUAUGGCCAGGCCAUACAAAAAUUGCCAGGUGCCAAGGCGCAUUUCGCACCUGGCUAUCAGCCACUUGUGAUCAAGUUAAGAUGCUGGGUCACUGGAAUGGCUCCUGAUGUCUCCUGGGUAUCCAUGGAUCCCCAGCUAGGAGGGUCAGUUGUUUGGGAUUCUGGGAGCUGUGGUCCAAUAACAUCUGGAGGCAGCUGGUUGGGAAGGUCAUCAUUUACAACAAGAGCCCCUUUCGGACAUUUGGAAGGAGGGAGUUUCUGAAAGUAUUUAGGAAGAGAGUGGCAGGCUUUGUCUCCCCACCCCUGGACACGUUUUGUCAUACAUCUGCAAGGCACCUAUACAGUGGUACCUCAGGUUACAUAUGCUUCAGGUUACAUACGCUUCAGGUUACAGACUCUGCUAACCCAGAAAUAGUACCUCGGGUUAAGAACUUUGCUUCAGGAUGAGAACAGAAAUCGUGCUCCGGUGGCGCGGUGGCAGCGGGAGGCCCCAUUAGCUAAAGUGGUGCUUCAGGUUAAGAACAGUUUCAGGUUAAGAACGGACCUCCGGAACGAAUUAUGUACUUAACCCAAGGUACCACUGUACUCCUGAGCAUCUGAAAGGGUCUCAGGACGUUGAUUAAUCUGUGGUGUUUCAACCCUUGUCUCUUUCUCUGAGUGUGUGUGUCUGUUAAUUUGUGAGUUUCACUACAAAGGUAAAUAAGUUCUGUUGCACUUUAGAGUGAAUGGCGGCAGGGGUGGGGCGGAAAUGCUGUACGUUCAAAUACUGGGAUGCAGUUGGCGCUGUGGUCUAAACCACUGAGCUUCUUGGGCUUGCCGAUCAGAAGGUCGGUGGUUCGAAUCUCUGCGAUGGGGUGAGCUCCCAUUGCUCUGUCCCAGCUCCUUCCAAUCUAGCAGUUCGAAAGCAUCCCAGUGCAAUUAGAUAAAUAGGUACCACUGUGGCAGGAAAGUAAAUGGCAUUUCCGUACACUCUGGUUUCCGUCACGGUGUUCCCGUUGCAACAGAAGCGGUUUAGUCAUGCUGGUCACAUGACCCAGAAAGCUGUCUGUGGACAAACGCCAGCUUCCUUGGCCUGAAAGUGAGAUGAGCGCCACAACACUAUAGUCACCUUUGACAGGACAUAACCGUCCAGGGGUCCUUUAACUUUUACCUUUACCUUACAUUCAAAUACUGGAGUUUAAAUGAUCCAGGAUUGCAAAAGCUCAUACUCUGCCUGUAACUCCAUUGCAGGCAUAUUAGUUCUUGUGGUCCAAACUUUGACCUAGCUCAAUAGCAAAAGCCACAGCCAUUUCAUACUGAGUCUAAAGUUACCCAAAGUUAACCAUUCCGUUCUGUUUUUUUAUUCCUAACCCCAGAAGAUUUAAGUUGAAAGCCAGCUUAAUUAGAAUUCACAAUACUGGUUUGAUAUAGGCCCCAUAUACCAUUCAUUUACUACCGAAGUUCAGUUUUAUCACUAUUGAAUAUGAGGAAUUGCAAAAGGGGAGGAGACACCAAUUAAAAGGGUUGAAUUUUGAAUAGUUUCCAUUUAGAAGCUGUUUCUUUGUAUGUGAGGGCGAAUAUAUUUAGUACCAAUUCAAUAUGAUCCACUUCUACCUUACUGUGUGAAUUGCUAACAGUUAAGGAAGGCUGCACGAGUCUACUUUAGGUGGUUUUUUUCUCAUUCUAAUUUCUUGCUGUUUAAAAAAUGGGAUAUGCUUGAUAGUGUGAAAGUUUUAGGCUGCAAUCCUAAUCAGUAGGGCUGGCUUCUGAGUAGACAUUGCACUAUUAGUAUUCAUAGAAUCAUAGAAUCAUAGAAUCAUAGAGUUGGAAGAGACCACAAGGGCCAUCGAGUCCAACCCCCUGCCAAGCAGGAAACACCAUCAGAGCACUCCUGACAUAUGGUUGUCAAGCCUCUGCUUAAAGACCUCCAAAGAAGGAGACUCCACCACACUCCUUGGCAGCAAAUUCCACUGUCGAACAGCUCUUACUGUCAGGAAGUUCUUCCUAAUGUUUAGGUGGAAUCUUCUUUCUUGUAGUUUGGAUCCAUUGCUCCGUGUCCGCUUCUCUGGAGCAGCAGAGAACAACCUUUCUCCCUCCUCUAUGUGACAUCCUUUUAUAUAUUUGAACAUGGCUAUCAUAUCACCCCUUAACCUCCUCUUCUCCAGGCUAAACAUGCCCAGCUCCCUUAGCUGUUCCUCAUAAGGCGUCGUUGUUUCAGCUGUUCCUUUUCCAUAUGUUCUUCCUGCUUGAAAUCAAGGGCAGAAGAGCAUCUUGAAAAAUAAUUCCCAGCCUCUCUUUUUCUUGCCAAAGUGCAGGGGUUUUUAAACACUGGAGAAGUCAGGCUCUUAUCACUUAGCUUUCUGUGGGUUGUAUCCAAUGUUAGUCAGAGUAGAAGCACUGAAAUUAAUGGACGUGGCUAACUUACAUGAUUAAAAUUAUUGGCCCUGUUUCUGAGUAGAAUUUAAUUGGAUACAACCUUUUGUCUUUUUUUGCACCAUGAACUAGGAACACUCUGUAAUAACAUUGUUGGCAUCUACAGUGGUACCUCGGGUUACAUACGCUUCAGGUUACAUAUGCUUCAGGUUACAGACUCCGCUAACCCAGAAAUAUUACCUCGGGUUAAGAACUUUGCUUCAGGAUGAGAACAGAAAUCAUGAUGCGGCGGCGUAGCGGCAGCAGGAGGCCCCAUUAGCUAAAGUUGUGAUUCAGGUUAAGAAUAGUUUCAGGUUAAGAACAGACUUCCAGAACGAAUUAAGUUCUUAACCUGAGGUUCCACUGUAUCUGCCAAACCUCCAUUGAGGGACAUGGAGUGCGCCCCGGGGGUGAAGUCAAACUGCUGUGCUAGCAGCACCGAAGUGACUUCCCUGGGGUGCAAGCCUGGGCAGUGUGUAUGGAUUUGAAGGGAGCAAUCUCUUAUCAGGGGCUUCCUUAUAGUGAGUCUCACCUAGCACAGGCAGUCACAUCCCACAGGCCUGGACAGAAGUCCCUUGUAGCCCCUUCUACCUGAGAUAAUUUGCAACUGGCAGUGCAGCAAAUAGAGAUGUUUCUGAGUACAGUGGUACCUCCGGUUAUGAACUUAAUUUGUACCGGAGGUCCGUUCUUAAGCCGAAACCGCUCGUAACAUGAGGCACGCUUUUGCUAAUGGUGCCUCCUGCUUCUGUGCUGCCAGCGCGCGACUUCCGCUUGCAUCCCGGGGCAAAGUUCGCAACAAGGGGCAUCUACUUCUGGGUCAGCGGAGCUCGUAACCUGUAGCGUUCGCAAGGAGGACAGUACGUAACACAAGGUUCCACUGUAUGUCACCCUGCCACUAGCCAGCUGAGAGGCCCUUCUAACCAGCUGUGUAAGUCACCUGCCAUCCCAGUCCUCUCCAAUAUGGGCCAUAACAUUACUAAGUCAUUGCAACAGGUUGGCAUGGGCACCAGCCAAUAGGAGACCAUGAUAUUAGCACAACCGUAUUCUAUGCAGUGUUCCAAAAUGCAUCGUUUCCCAGAGUUGAGGGAUUAGGAAUGGAUCCCUCUGUUCCCCUGAAACAGAAACAUGAUUGAGGAAAAUGUUGUUGUGUAAGAGGGAGUCUCAGGACGCAUCUGAAGGUCCGCAGCUUGCUUUAUGUUAACAAUGAAAAAGAAGACUGUUUUAUAUAUUACUAUGUAGAAAAAAGAAAGGCAACUCUGCAGGCAACCUGGUCUUGAUUUUACUGAUUUGUGACUUGUAACAUGAAUUUAUAAUUUCAACUUUGUGACCUGAAACUGUGCUUGUUGCUCUUCACUAGGGGGAGAGAGAGAGAGAGAGAGAGAGAAGGAGAGAGGGUCUGAACAGUAUAAUGAAAGCCUGACAAUCUAUUCUUUAACCAGAAUAAUAGCUGGAAUUCUUCAUGAUUAGAAAUACAGUAUCAACAUAAUCGAUUUAACAACAUUACAUUGUAGCUGAAAAUAGACUGAAAUCCCUAGCCAGGCAUCCACUGUGUCUGAGCGAAACAUCUUUCAUAUGGUUCUAAGAUGAAAUUACCCCUGAAUGAAUAGCAUCUUCAUUUAUCUUCAAAACCUCCUCUGUGUUACCAGUGAGUCUACCCUUCUCACAUUCUGCAGCAGGAAUUACAUUAUACCAUUAUAGCAGCAUUCCAGUGCAGUGUAAAAUAGAUUGUUUUGGAAAAUGAACCUGGCUUUGCAAUAAAUUACAUUUACAGGUACAAAGGAAUUUGUUACUUUGUUUAAAGUAGUCACAAAUACAAUUAAACUCUUAAUUUAUGUUAAACUACAAAUGUGGCUAUUACCAUAACUGGAUUAGGAAUAUAAUCUGUCACUCCAAGUACGAUACUGAACAGUUUUCAUUUAUAAUUGCAGACAGACUUUUCACUUUACAGAGUCUGCUACUGCUUGAUAGGAAAGCUGGAAUAUUUCGUACAUUUGUCCAGGGUUUUUUUUUUUUUAAAUUUUCAGACACGCUUUUCCACCCCAGAUAAAUUGGAGAAUAAUCCCUCAAUUGUCAUUACCCAGCUUCCCCUUUGUUGUGCUUUUCAUGGAGGAGAACAAGAGGAAAAAGCAAAUCCCCUUUUUUUCCUCCCCUGUCAUGCUGGCAUUUUCUGGAGCCACAUUUAAAAUAUUACUCAUUGUGAUUUAACUUGAAUCUAUUUCAAUAUAUUUGUAAGAUCAAUAGUGUGCAGCUUAAAGAAACAAAAAAAAAGCUUGGUACAUGGGCAUCCCAUGUACCCUUGUUCCUUUAGGGUAAAGGUAAAGGUAAAGGGAUCCCUGACCAUUAGAUCCAGUCAUGAACGACUCUGGAGUUGCAGCGCUCAUCUCGCUUUAUUGAUCGAGGGAGCUGGCGUACAGCUUCCGGGUCAGGUGGCCAGCAUGACUAAGCCGCUUCUGGCGAACCAGAGCAGCGCACGGAAAUGCCGUUUACCUUCCCGCCGGAGCGCUACCUAUUAAUCUACUUGCACUUUGACGUGCUUUCGAACUGCUAGGUUGGCAGGAGGAGGGACUGAGCAACGGGAGCUCACCCCGUUGCGGGGAUUCGAACCGCCGACCUUCUGAUCGGCAAGUCCUAGGUUCUGUGGUUUAACCCACAGCGCCACCCGUGUCCCUCCUUUAGGGUAGUGAUGGCCAAACUCGGCCCUCCAGCUGUUUUUGGACUACAAUUCCCAUCAUCCCUGACCACUGGUCCCGUUAGCUAGGGAUGAUGGGAGUUGUAGUCCAAAAACAGCUGGAGGGCCGAGUUUGGCCACCACUGCUUUAGGGGCACAUUCUCUCCUAUCAUUGCCCAACGCAUGUUUGAAUGUUUGUGGAGAUCCUUAUGCUUUGCUACUGUGCAUGAAUCUGUGGACCAGGGCACAAAGGGUGGUUUAGCCAAAGUGCUUCACUGCCACCUUUCUCUUCAUUUGUGUCUCCCUAACGCAGGUGGCACUGUGGGUUAAACCACACAGCCUAGGACUUGCCGAUCAGAAGGUCGGUGGUUUGAAUCCCCAUGACGGGGUGAGCUCCCAUUGCUCAAUCCCUGCUCCUGCCAACCUAGCAGUUCGAAAGCACGUCAAAGUGCAAGUAGAUAAAUAGGUACCGCUCCGGCGGGAAGGUAAACGGCAUUUCCGUCCGCUGCUCUGGUUCGCCAGAAGCGGCUUAGUCAUGCUGGCCACAUGACCCGGAAGCUCCCUCGGCCAAUAAAGCGAGAUGAGCGCCGCAACCCCAGAGUUGGGCAUGACUGGACCUAAUGGUCAGGGGUCCCUUUACCUUUACCUUUAAUUUUCUAUUGUGGCAAAAGAGCCCUCUCUGGGAUUUGAUCCACACGGCGCGACCUAGACAGGACUUUGCUUCAGAUGUGGCUAGCAGAGGCCAGACAGAUGUCUCACAGUCCAGGGUUCCCCAAUCCACAGUUUCAGAUCUUCAUGAUUCUAAUCCAUUUGUAGAGCCAGGAUUUAGCCUUUAGGCAGCUCAGCUGACUAAUGUUAGGGUUCACAGGUGCAUGUCACCUUCCUAUUCUAUAGGCUGAGCAUUGUUCAUUCUUGACCACUGGUGUUGGUGGUGGGAAAAGAGCACAUUUCUCUGUGCUUCAUAAUUUUAAAUGCAUAGUGGGCUGCCCUUUAGUUUGUGGGUAGAGUUGGAUGGGGGGGGAAAAUCACCAUUGUUUGCAAAUAGAUUUAAGCCUGGAAUGAUAGCUAAAAGCAGCAGUGUUUGCACUGGUUGUGUUCUCAUUCAUUCAUUUUAAAGCUGCAGGAAUCAUUACUUCUGAACCAGGAAAUAAAACAAAGUAUGAAACAAUAAGUGAAAGACAGUAAGCGAAAACACACUUCAUGUAAAAAUUUUCUCAUUUUCAGUAUGGUAUAGAGAAAGGGAAUAUAAUUGUUGCCAACAAUUUAUUUGCAUGCUGCUCCUCUGGAUUACGCUCAAAGCAGAUGACCAAAACAGUAUAUAGAAGUGUUAAAAACAAUCUGAAGUAUGUAAAAUAUAUUUCAUUAUAUCGAAAUCCUUACAUGCAAGCUAGCAGAAGCAUAAUAAUUACAAAAUUUCCUAAACAUAUGAAAAGCACUCCUGUCGAAAAUGAGAAUAUCUGCAUUUAGCUAACAAAUUUAUUCACAAAUUCAUCCAAAUCACUAAGGUAUCAGCAAUAAAAAAAUGCAUUAAUUUUGAAGCGUUACAAUUUAAACCAGUUAAACUUACUCAAAGGCCAUUAAAACAGCAGGCUGUCUUGGUUAUGCAAAAGUAAUUGAAUAAAGAAUACAGACCAUCUUCGAUACUAAUGUAUUUGCUGUAACAGCAACUAGAGUAGUAAAAAUGGGGGUUUUGAUGUGCAAAAUGUUGGAACCUCAUACUGACAAGUCCCAUAUUUACCUGCUUUGGCAACCAGCUUUUAGAAAAACCUAUAUUGUAGGUUAAAAUUCCUGAGAAUUUUAAUUUUUUUAAAUUUUGCCUUCAGAUAACCAGUGUAAUCUUUUCAUUUGCUCUGCUUUUAUUUCCAGGCCUUUUUGCAAAUGUGCAACCUGCCAGUCCAGGUGGUUUGUAGGGCAAAUGCUGAAUAUAUGUCCCCAUCUGGUAAGUGCAACACUCAUUUACAUUACACCUGUGGUUGGAAACUAUGGCAACAGUAUCUCAUCACGCAGACCAUGAAUGCAUGUGAGCUUGCAUCUUGUUCUGCUAGAAAGGAAUGAAAAUAAUGUGUUUCUACCUUUUUAUUUGCUUGCAUUAUAACAGUAGGCUUAGGGCCAAGGCAGACAGUUCCAUGUGUUUAAGUACUGAAUGAUUCAAAUCAUAGUGAAUGGGGUUGUGAGAGUCUGAUUUUUAACUUCAAAAGGAGCCCGUGGAGAGCUAGAUAUUGGAAAAACUUAGAAGGGGCCUCUCUGACAAACCAGUACAAGAAGUUAUGGCGGCUAGAAUUUGAUGAAAAACAGGCCAGCCUCUGAAGCUGGCUUGAGAAUUGACAUGCAUGGACCCUUUUGUGGUGAUUUGGUGCAGUUUUAUUACAUUCACAGCUCCAAAUUACUGCAAAGGACUUCACUCUUCCUACCAGCUUUUCUGACUUGUCUGAAUAUCAUUUGCUUCAUCCUUCAUAGACAACCGGAGCUUUGGCAACUGAUUGGAAAUUGACCCUGUUUCUGGACGCAGACUUCAUCUCUUGUAGAGGGCGAUAUAAUGAUAAAAAUUAAUUUAUAGAUGGAGGACCCAUGCGUGAUAUUGUUUAUUAUCAGAGAGGAGUUUCCCAUAUUGCUGGAGUUUUAUUACAGAGCUAGCAGCAUGGAAGUGCCCAGUCCGAGGCAAACAUAGUUGCACACUUGUGUGCAUCGAUUGUAGAAACCAGCUAUGCCAACUGCAACGUCUGAGUUGGGUCUUUAUCAGUUGAGUUGAUUAGAAGUAUUGUAAGAGUGGACUCGAUGAAACAGUGUGCCCAACCCCCUAAAUUUAUCACCUGGGGGUUUUCUUUCCUUGGGACCUGAAAUCAAGAGGGGAGUCUCUGUUGCUAAACAGACUUAACUCAGUAAUGUUCAUUCCUUUCAGUGGGUCUACACUGAGUAAAAAUUACUUGAAUUAUCACCUUUUGGCUGUGAAAGCCUCUUCCCUUUUAUGGGAUUCUGUUCCUGAGGGUUUCAUGGUUGGCUCUGCUUUCGUUCUGUCCAUCUGUUAAGAGCCUUCUGAGAGCACUGAAACGCUGACUCCUGCCGCAGAAACACCAAAAGACCAUUCUUUAUAUAGUAGCUUUGUGGAAGUAAAGUCUGGAUCGAUAAAACCAUUGAGAGGUCUGUAAGCUCAAAAAGACCCUGCAUUCUUUUUGCAAUGCAUGCCAUAGUGCAGAUGCAUCGAUUCUUGUGACUGCUUCUUUGAACCUGAGUAAAGCUCUAUAGACAGCUAGACAGUAUUAACUAUUCAAGGGGCUGUGUUUGCAUGUCAUGCAAAACCAUAUUUUCAAGUUGGCUUGUUUCAAACAAGCCAUAGUUUAAUGUUAGCUACAGUGUCUGCUGAAAGACAAACUGUGGCUAAGCAAAACCAGAAACCAAAAGCUUACUAACUCCUCUGCCUGGGAGGAGCAGGGGGAGCAGACAAGUGCAAGAAUUGCCUGUGUUCAUUCAUGUUGCACCAAACGAGGAGUGGGGAAUAUGAAUAGCACUGGACUCCAAUUCCCAUGAGCCCCAGCCAGCAAGGCCAGUGGUUAAGGAUGAUGGGAGUUGUGGUCUAGCAUUGUUUGGAGGGAACUACUACCCUUGGUUUAGUGUAAUGUGCAAAUGUGACAAUUAUGCCUUUAAAACAUUAAAUCUUCUUUCUUGGCAGCAAUAAAAAAAUAGAACAAGGAACGAAGUCCUUCAGCAAAUACACUGAUUACUGAAGGAGUGUCAGGAUUACAUACUAUCUCAACCUUAGAUAUCUAUGAAGUUCCUUUCUGUGCUCAGUUUUCUCCAGCUGAGCAGCACCAAAGGUUGUACAUGAAAUUAAAGCCAAGCCCUUGUUGGUACAGGAGGGCCAUUUCUGUUUUACAGCUCUCACACUCAGACCAGGGUUCGAAUGCUCCCUCAGCCAUGAAGCUCAGUGGGUGACCUUGGGCCAGUUACCAUCUCUUCGCCAGCCUACCUCACAGGGCUGUUGUGAGGCUGAAACGUGGAGAAGGAGAAGCAUAUACACCACCUUGAGAUCCUUGGAAGAUAAAGGUGGCCUAUAAAUGCAAUAAACAAAAUUAAAAAGUAUAUAAUACACACACCUAAUGGGUGUAGUUCACCUGAUUAAGUGGUGAUACCUCGACAAAACUGACACACAACAAUAUUCAAGGCUAGAAUAUUCAAUUUAACGUGCAAGUAGGAGUUAACAUGAGCAGCAGAUAAUAUUAUAAAUAAUGGAAGAUUAGAGACAAAAAUCAGGAUACGUAGCAAAUCAAGGUUGGCAUUGAAUGCCAUGGAGAGAUGGAUUUGGAAGUCUUAAGGAAAGAGAUAAGUGAUGGACAAUGUAUGAAGUAUGUUUAAAAGUUGUAAAAAAAUGCAAUAAUAAUAAUAAUAAUAAUAAUAAUAAUAAUAAUAAUAAACAACUGACCCACAUUGUGAAAGCUGACCAAGUGUAGAAUCUACUUCAGUGGACGUUUCACUUCCACGCUUGCAACAGAUAUGACAUAGGUGUCCUAGCAGUCUUUGAUCAAUUGUUACUCUACUGAGUCUAAUCGGUUUUGAAAUGCCUUGAAGAAUACACUGACAACUAGUUGACGGAGUCGAAGGGUGGCAGUCAGUUGUCACUGCAGGCUUACAGCACAAAAAUGAGGCAGAUAUAUGGGAAGAUGGGCAGCUCUCGGGUUCAAUUGUGUUCUGUAUCUGAAGACUCUUAAGGUGCGCUGUAGCAAACCCCCCCCCCCCCAUUUCUCUGCUGUGAUUUUGGCACUUAACCAGAAGUAAGUAUGGGAAGCUUUUGCAGGGAGAUGCCCAUCUACUUCUUGUGUAUGUGGCUAAGGGUGUUCAGUCCGGAGUUCCCUGAUUCUGCUUAUCGGGUAUGCAGAGGGUCAGGGUGGGCUGUGCAGAUCACAGGAUGAGUGCGAUGGAGAGCAUCUCGUUGUAAAAGGACACAAAGGGAUUCAGAUAUCCAACACUGAUCCACAUGUUUUAAUUGCUUCCAAGUGUUUGUGUUUCACGGGGCUUUGUAUUUAGGAUGGGAUCAACAAUCACUGCCUGGAACAAAUGCCAGAAGUAUAAUUUCCAUACUAGCUAUAAAGGUGCAGAAGCUUUGGCACAUCCCCACCCCCUUAACAUGGCAUUUGUUGAACUCUUGCUGAUUUCAUCUAGCAACCUCUCAGUUUUAAUUAGAUAAAUGAGUUAAAAGUGUGCUGUUUUUUCUUCUUUCCCUCGCAGGGAAAGUGCCCUUUAUUCACGUAGGAAAUCAAGUUGUUUCUGAACUUGGCCCCAUUGUCCAGUUUGUAAAAGCCAAGGUAAGGUGCAUAUACGAAACCUAUUUUUCCUCAGCAAAUUCUUGUUUUAGCAGUUGGGCUAAUUAAGUUUGUGUUGAUAAAAUUAUCCUGAGAACCAGAGCUCUAGAAGACAGGAUAGCAUCAUUUAUUUUGCAUAGUAAGGCUUCUUCUAAUGGCUCAUAACAAAAAUAAUUUAUUAGCAAGCUUUAGGAAAGGUUCCAGUUUAGCAGAGAGAGGAGGGGAAAGGAGGGAGAGCUUUCCAGGCUCACAUCUGCAGAAGGAUAUUUUUGUAGCUGUUCAUUUAAACUUUUUAACUCUUGAGGGCAAGAUUUGACUCCUCUGUCAUGUCCCUUAUUCUUUUCUCGUCAGCUGAGUAAAACUGGUGCCCUUAAAAUCCAGGACAGAAUCUUUUCUUGGUGCGAAAUAUUGCCUGUGCGAGAGAGACAUUGACAGGGAGAGAUUGUGCGCGUGUGUGUGUAUGAAUAGAAAGUAGGUAACAUGAAAUGCUUUUGUUUUUGUCCUUUCUGUGGACUAGAGGGGCAUGGAUAUAUCAUUCACGUGUGCACCUGUAUUUUUCUGAGUGCUUCCUUCUCAGAAAGAGGUGCCCACAGGUGGUACAGCUUCAGGCAUGCUUAGAGGAAGCUGAUCACUUGGACUCAUCCCAGUCUUUCUCCAGACCUGGUCAUGGCACUGAAACCAUCUUGGUUACCCUGGUUAAUAACAUUAGUUAGGACAGGUAUGCGGGGAGUGUCACCCUGUUCAUUCUCCUUGAGCUUUUGGAGCCUGUUGAUACUAUAGAGAGAGGAAAAAGGGGUUGGGGGUACCGUGUUUCAGUGACUCUCCUUCUACUUCCAUUUCCAGAAAAUCAUUAUAAGGAACUGCUGUUUGGCACCAUGGGAGUUGUCCUGUGGUGUCCUACAGAGUUCCACCUUGUCCUGAAUGCUAUUUAACAUCUGUAUCCUGGUUUCUUACCUAUGGUCCAUUGAUCCCUAGAGGGUCCAUCGAUGGGCAUCAGGGGUCCGUGAGCCAGAUGCAAGAAACAAUAAAAUAAAAUGUUUGAUUUCCUUCCUGUUACUUUGAAGUGCUUUUAUUUCAACUAAUCACAGUCAUUUAAGCGUCUAGUAGACGAGUAUAUGUCUUUGGCGUCUCCUGUCCUUUUUCUGGAGCCUUUUGGCUAAUUCUGUCCCUGUGACCAAAUUUCAUCAUGGUUUAGUCCAGCAGUUACUUGUCUUUCUUUUUAGUUGAGAUACAAUAGGUUGACAAUUCUAUAUAUAUAAAAACUUGAACGCUGCUGUUUUUAUCAAAGGAAUGUGUUGGAAUGUUGUCUGAAUGGGAAAAUUCCUUGAACAAUGGCAGUCUUCCUGUAUGUGUCCGCACAUAUACUAGGCCUUCCAGUCUCCACCUAAAAAUAUUAAUUGGUUUAGGUGGGGUUUUAGCUCUUCCACAUAUUUAUGAAUUAUUCUUCCAACUAUAGCUGCAUUCUGAAGCCCCCCACCAAAAAAAUAUUUUUUGCAAGGUAAUAAUAAUAAUAAUAAUAAUUUAUUAUUUAUACCCUGCCCAUUUGGCUGGGCUUCCCCAUUCAUCAGACAGCCUGGUUCCCUUCCAGUGCUGCAGUUAUUUGAAGAUGGGAGCCUUUGAAGUUCCAGUAGCCCUCCUGAUCCUGCGCUCUUGUCUAGAAGGUUGCUGCAUGUGGGUUCCUGCCAUUUUGGCAGGCCUGGAAGUUGCACUUACUCCUUGGCUUCCACACGCUAGUUCUUACGGAACAGAGAUUCACUUUGUUUGAAUCUUAAAAUUCCACGUAAUCAAUGUUCACGUUGAUUCCUGCUUUCUUUCUUUAGCCCUGUGGAUCAAUGCCGGUUCGUUUUUAUAAGGCACCUGCAUCAUCAUAAUUUACUUAGGUUUAUUUACAAGGAGGCUGUGGUAUUUAGAAAGGCUACUUGGCUUGAAAGCAGAAGCAAAACAGGUGGAUAGUUGGAAAUCCUGCAUACUGGUGUACCUUGCACUUUUCAGCUUUAAAAUACUGCACUUCAAACUAUAGGAUCCAACAUUGCACCAUCAGAUGUGACAGGAUUUCAUUUUGCUUCCCUCUUGUCUUCAACCUCAACUCCCCAACUCCCUGGAUCAGAUUUUGGGGUGCAUGGGGUUUUCAAGGUGGGUGGAGAGAGAUGGGAAGACCUCUUUGAGCAAGCAGAAGUCCAUUGCACAAGCAGGAGACAGUGAUUGGGUAUUGCCCAGUACUUUUUGUAAAUAUAUAAUACUUAUUAUAGAGCUGUAUAUAUACAGUUGUACCUUGGAUCCCGAAUGCCUUGCAAGUCAAACGUUUUGGCUCUCAAACGCUGCAAACCCAGAAGUGAGUGUUCCGGUUUGCAAAAGUUCUUUGGAACCCGAACGUCCGACGUGGUUUGUGAUUGGCUGCAGGAGCUUCCUGCAGCCAAUUGGAAGCCGUGCCUUGGUUUCCAAACGUUUUGGAAGUCGAACGAACUUCCGGAACAGAUUCCGUUCAACUUCCAAGGUACCACUGUAUUAGGAACUUUGCAGUAUUUGUUUCAUUUUUCUGUGAAACGUCAAUUGCCUUUAGGAUCUACAAAGCAGCAUUUUAAUGUGUAACGUUGCAAUGCAGGGAGCUUUUGGAGUGAGCCAGAGCCCUCGACUUGAGUGGGCUUUGGAAAGGACCCAAACGGAUCGUUUUCCCUGCCCUUCCUUUUCUCACCCCCCUCUUUUCUCUCUCUCUCUCCUUGCCUAAGGGCCAUUCACUUAGUGAUGGGUUGGAUGAAGUCCAAAAAGCUGAGAUGAAAGCCUACAUGGAAUUAGUCAAUAAUAUGCUUUUGACAGCAGAGGUAUGGCAAAACACUAGUAAUUUGUCAGUCUUGUGAAAUGAAUGAUAUUGGGGAUUGGAGGGUGGGGUGGGGGGAAAAUAGAAUGCUGUUUUCUUUGUGAUGCUGCAAGCGAGUUCCUACCUACUUUAUUUUUUAAUAAAACACAAGGGUGGGCUUACGGUUCCAGCUAGGUUCAAAAAGCAGCACGCCGCUAAUUUACAUAUUGCAAUCUCAAUUCUGUUUUCUCUGUCAAAUGGGAUUUUGUGCCUGCUCCAUGACAGAACUGGCAACCACCUUUCUGUGUUCUAAAUAUGAUUAUUAAUGGCUUGCUUGGUAGGGAGGGAAGACAAAGCUGCAAGGAAUAAGCUGUCUGUGUAACCUUACAUGUUAUGAAAUUUUAGUAUUCCUUGGUUUUCUAGCUGUAUCUUCAGUGGUGUGAUGAUGCUACAGUCCAGGAGGUGAGUGAUUCUGCAACAUUUAUCUUAAUUAAAUUUUAAUGAGAAAACACUUUUGCUCACAAUUGCAAGUCCCUACUCAUAAAUGAAACAUAGAGGUUUAUACCACUAAUGAUAGCAUAUUUUUUUCACUUUAAUUUUGCUUGCAUACACAUUUUGGGGGGAGCUCUAUGUCAUUACUGGAUACACUGGUUUCAAAGUGAAAAUGUUUUUAAUAUAAUUUUUAAAACUUUUUUUUUUUAGCUGCAAGUUAUAAAUAAUUGCAUAAAAUGGUGUAUGAAAGCAGUGCCGUGGCAAUAAAAGCCACAGCAUCUUUUUUUCUUUGUAAAAGUGACAUUUUUUUCCACUUUAAAGAUUACCCAUCCAAGAUAUGGAUCUCCUUAUCCUUGGCCCUUGAAUCGUAUUCUGGCCUAUCAGAAACAAUGGGAGGUCCGACGUAAAAUGAAAGCUAUUGGCUGGGGCAGCAAGUCGCUUGAUCAGGUCAGUCGGUUAUGCGCCAAACCUGAAUGGUUCCUAUAGUAAUGAAAUAUUAAAAAACAAGGCUUCAAGGACGUGUUGGUUUCUUAGUACAUGUGCACACAUGUGCACACACAUACACAUAUGUAACCCAUAAUCUUAGAACAGUUGCCACAUGAUUAAAGAAAUUUUGUCAAUAAAUCGUAUGAGUUUCAGGCUGCAACCCUAAACAGAAUUCUUCUGAAAUAAUCCACAUUUGAGCACAGUGGGUCUUAACCUCUGAGAGACCUGCAUUGGCUCCCAGUACAUUUCCUAGCACAAUUCAAAGUGUUGGUGCUGACCUUUAAAGCCCUAAAUGGCCUCGGCCCAGUAUACCUGAAGGAGCAUCUCCACCCCCAUCGUUCAGCCCAGACACUGAGGUCCAUCUCUGAGGGCCUUCUGGCGGUUCCCUUGCUGCGAGAAGUGAGGUUACAGAGAACCAGGCAGAGGGUCUUCUCAGGAGUGGCGUCUGCCCUGUGGAAUGCCCUCCCACCAGAUGUCAAGGAAAUAAACAACUAUCUGACUUUUAGAAGACAUCUGAAGGCAGCCCUUUUUGGAGAAGUUUAUAAUGUUUGAUAUUUUAUUCUGUUUUUUAUAUUCUGUUGGGAGUUGCUCAGAGUGGCUGGGGAAACCCAGCCAGAUGAACGGGGUAUGUAUGUAUGAAUGAAUGAAUGAAUGAAUGAAUAAAUAAAUAAAUAAGCAUGCGUAGGAUUGCGCUGCUUAGUCAGCUGAUUUACAUCUGCAUGUAUAUGAAAUGGUUGGGUUGAAUCCAGAGGCGCUUCCUCUUCCAGAUCCGUCCUAAUUAUUCUCAAGAAGGAAGCUUCUUCUGUGCUAGCAAAAAGGAAAAGAAAAGAAAAGAAAGGCCACUCAUUGGAAAUAGAGGUCCCAUCCACACCAUAUGUUGAAAGCACAUUUGUUGUUGUUUAGUCGUUUAGUCGUGUCCGAUUCUUCGUGACCCCAUGGACCAGAGCACGCCAGGCACUCCUGUCUUCCACUGCCUCCUGCAGUUUGGUCAAACUCAUGCUGGUAGCUUCGAGAACACUGUCCAACCAUCUCGUCCUCUGUCGUCCCCUUCUCCUUGUGCCCUCCAUCUUUCCCAACAUCAGGGUCUUUUCCAGGGAGUCUUCUCUUCUCAUGAGGUGGCCAAAGUAUUGGAGCCUCAGCUUCAGGAUCUGUCCUUCCAGGGAGCACUCAGGGCUGAUUUCCUUAAGAAUGGAUGCGUUUGAUCUUCUUGCUGUCCAUGGGACUCUCAAGAGUCUCCUCCAGCACCAUAAUUCAAAAGCAUCAAUUCUUCGGUGAUCAGCCUUCUUUAUGGUCCAGCUCUCACUUCCAUACAUCACUACUGGGAAAACCAUAGCUUUAACUAUACGGACCUUUGUUACCAAGGUGAUGCUGUCUAGGUUUGCCAUCGCCUUUCUCCCAAGGAGCAGGCGUCUUUUAAUUUUGUGACUGCUGGGAAGAAGCACAUGGCUUCUCCCAAAGAAUCCUGCAAAGGAAAUGGGAUUGUCCAUGGGGAUUCCCAUGGUGAUGUCCUCAGUAUCCUCCCCACGGCGUGUCUCAGCUGAAUUAGGAAUUUUGCUUGUUUCCCCUAUUUUAAUAAUUAAAAGCCAUCUAAAGAGCUAGCAUAAAAAUGUGGUUGCGGAGAGACCUGCUCAUGAAGUUCUUCAGUGUGUGCAACUGGGAUCUUUUCUUUCUGGUGGCAGAAGUUGAUCAACUGCCGCUCCCCUCUGGAGUGAAGAGGUUUGGAGAGGGGAGGGCAUCAAAGGGGGAACUGGAAAGUCCCAAUAUGCACAGAGAUGUGACCCUACGUAUUCUGGUUAAAGACUAGCUACAGCUAUAGAAACGUGCCAAUUGUAUUAGUCGUUCCUGUUCGUUCUAUUGUUUCUUUGGUUUGGUUUUUUAUUUUAUUUUACAAAAACAGUGUAUUCUGAGAAAUCCCCAAGAGCUGCUUCAUGCAGUGUUUGUACCAGAAUAAAGAGCGAUUCCCUUCCCUGAACCACAUUGGGCACAAAAACGAAUCUCUGCAUACCUGAAGCUGUUUUGCAUUUCACUUCAGCUUCCACCUGCAACGCUCUUCUAUUUGAAGUCCAAAUUUCUCCGGUAUCUACAAUCUGUUCUAAACAUGCAGCUAGUUUUGUAUGGUCCUGUAGCCACCUGGCAAAAAAAAUAAAAAAUGCAUUCUGCUUUCUUUUUCUGUUUGCCAUUUUAGGUGCUAGAAGACGUAGAUCAGUGUUGCCAAGCCCUUUCUCAAAGGCUUGGAACGCAGCAGUAUUUCUUCAAUAAGAAGUAAGUUGCUUUCAUAUUUAUAUUAAGGAGUUUUUAGUCGUUGACAGUUGUGGAGUGCUUAUUGAGCCAAGGAAGGCAAUCCCUCUCCCCUCCAAAAAAAAACUGCACCUCCUUUCCCAAGUGAAUGGGUGUGUGGAGUCUGUUCUGCCACGUCCUUCCCAUCUUUUCCCCCACCCCACCCUCUCUUAUCUGAGCCACAUCCAACGGCAAGCCAGGCGUUGUUUGCACUGCUGGAACUAGGACUGUGCCUAGGCUGGGGAAAAUACUUUCUUACCCUAUAGCUCUGUGGCAGCCAAUAUGGCGACCCUUCAGAUGUAUAGCUCUCAUCAUCUCUGUUUGCUCUUCUGACUGGGGCUGAGGGGAGCUGGUAGUCCAACAACAUCUAAAGCAGGCUUCCUCGACCUCGGCCCUCCAGAUGUUUUGAGACUACAAUUCCCAUCACCCCUGACCAUUGGUCCUGCUAGCUAGGGAUCAUGGGAGUUGUAGGCCAAAAACAUCUGAAGGGCUGAGGUUGAGGAAGCCUGAUCUAAAGGGUGCCAUAGUUUAUCAGCCCAACACUGGCAGUGUUUACUGCAGAUAGCCCCUGCAAGCCACAAAAGGAAGCUCUGCUGUAUAGCUCUGCGGUAUGUACGGAUAGUUUAAUUUGAGCCCUGCUACUCCCUGGCUUUAGGGACACGGGUGGUGCUGUGGGUUAAACCACAUAACCUAGGACUUGCUGAUCAGAGGGUCGGCGGUUCGAAUCCCCGCGACGGGGUGAGCUCCCGUCGCUCGGUCCCUGCUCCUGCCAACCUAGCAGUUCGAAAGCACGUCAAAGUGGAAGUAGAUAAAUAGGUACCACUCAGGCGGGAAGGUAAACGGUGUUUCCGUGCGCUGCUCUGGUUCGCCAGAAGCGGCUUAAUCAUGUUGGCCACAUGACCCGGAAGCUGUACGCUGGCUUCCUCGGCCAAUAAAGCGAGAUGAGUGCCGCAACCCCAGAGUCAGCCAUGACUGGACCUAAUUGUCAGAGGUCCCUUUACCUUUACCUUUACUCCCUGGCUGGGCUUAGGAUUGCUCUGCCCAUACAUUGGUAGGUUUGAAGUUCAAAUAUUGCUUUCGCGAAUGGUACAGCCGCCUUUUAAAAUGCAAAAAUGAUUCCAGUACUAGGAAGCCCAAGUUACAUUGAUGAUAAAAUGUGACGUGUGUGGAGUAAUCCCGGAGUGGAUGUGCUGUUGCCACUGCUUCCGUUAUUUCCUACGCUGUGGAAUUGCUUUGACAACCAAAUUUGAAGCAAAGAGUAGAAAUGGGUUCAUAUUUUUAUUUUGUGGAUGCCAGAGGAACCAGGAGAGGUAGUAGACAACAUAGGAAGAUGUCUUCUACCAAGUCAGAUCACUGGUCCAUAGAGCUCAGGACUGAUGGCACUGAUUGCUAGUGGUUCUCCAUGGUUUGGGGCAGGAGAAAUUUCCACCCCUACCUUGAAACACCAAGCGCUGGACGUGGGGAUCUUUGAAUGCAAAGUAUAUACACUACUACUGAGCAAUCACCCUUCCCUGAGGGUUGUUGUUGUUGUUAUGAAUCCCCUCCCUGGUGGUGUCUGGUAGAAUUUUGUCCUUUAAAAUGACAGUUCGGCACACUCUGUGGUCUAUAUGUGGAGCUUCUACUGAUGCUUAGUGUGAAAUGCAAUGGUUUAUUUGUCUCUUUUCAGAAUAUUGUUUUCCCCUUUACUCCUAGGCCAACUGAAUUAGAUGCUUUGGUGUUUGGGCACCUGUUUACAAUCCUUACUACCCAGCUGAUCAGUGACGAACUAUCAGAGAAAGUGAAAGGCUAUAGCAACCUCAUUGCAUUUUGCAGAAGAAUAGAGCAGCACUACUUUGAGGGGCGUGACAAAGACAGCUUGGCAACUGUUCCAUCUCCGACGUUGAGGCAGUCAUUGAUGACCUGAAGGUUCUUUGGUGGCAGAAAUUUGGCAAACGGAUCUUUGAUUUGUGCAUUGUUUAAAAGAGACUAGUAACGACUUUGGAAAAUUGGAUGCACUGCACACUUUCUGUUUGAAAACUGCCAAAACUGUUGUAGCCCAAGAGUAUGUCCUUGUGACUAAUUCUACAAACACACAUUACGAUGAAAUAAUUAAGAGUGGGCUUUGUUGUAAUAUUAGCCUGCAUGCUGUUUUAACAUAACUCUAAAGUGUCCUUGAAAAACAACGUUGUAUCAGAAUUCAACAACAAUAAAAUUUAUGACAACUCUGCAAAAA